GCGGCGCCCAGGGUACUAUUUCCUUUUGGUUUUGUUAGAAACUGCGUCAUUUUUUUUGACGGUUCAAACCAUUGUCACUCAUUUCAAAUUGAUGUAUUGAUUUUAAUAGAAGAAGGUUAAGCAUAAAAUAAGCUCCAUAUAAUUACUGUUUCUGGUUUUUCGAACAAUCCGAUUUCAAAGGUACAAACAUCGGUAGAGGGCACGUCUAUCAUUUUUUUUAAUAGAUAAGACUAGAAAGGUGAGGAACUCAGCCCCUACCAGCUGCUGGCAAAAUUGAGAUCAGACCUAAGCCAGCUGAGAACGAUGUCUGCUGAUACUGAGCCUCCGAUUCAUGAUAUGAUAAAACCAUUGUCAUGGUUACUUGGGAAGUGGAGAGGAGAAGGAGGUGUUGGAAAGUACCCUACCAUCAAAGACUUCAACUAUGAUGAGGAAUUAACAUUCACUCAUGUGGGACAGCCAAAUAUUCAGUUUAGCUUUUUUUCAUCAAAUGCGGAGACCAAGAAGCCACUACAUCGUGAACUAGGAUUUAUACGUUUCCAGCCAGGCACAAAGCACUGCGCUUUGUUGAUAGCUCACAACCUGGGUGUGAGUGAGGUAGAAGAAGGAGAAUUUACCGACACAGAAAUCAGGACAGAGUCACAUACAGUGGGUCGUCUGACAUUUGGCAAACCUCCAGAAACAAAAAAGAUCGCACGAGUUUUCCGCAAGAUUGGUGAGGACCUAGAACAAGUUGUUUCCAUGGAAACUAAAGACACACCUAUGACAGAGCACCUGCGUAUUACAUACAAAAAAGUCAGUCCCUGAUUGAUCAAGAACAUUGAAGCUCAAAAGGUUAAAUUCUGUUGUGAAACUUUAAUUCAAACAUAAUUGAUUAUGAUUUCGCUACAGUCUUUUACCUGUGAUAAGCCCAGGGGGCCUGUGUAUGAAAACAUGUCAAAGUAGGGGUGGGCUUAUCACCCGAUAUGAGUCUGUGUUUUACCAGUCAUAGGCCAAGACUGGACAUCGUGGUCCACCAUUUUGUUUCCAGGUAUCACAACAUACUAAUUCGGAACUGGUAGUAGAUUAUUUUAUAAAUAUGUAUGGUGCAUAAAUGUUAUGUUUCAAAUUGCAAAUAAAACAGAAAUUAAUAAAAUUAAUAAAUAUAUAAGUAUAAUACACCUAACAAAUGGGUACAUUAUCUUAAAGCUUGUUCCAAUUAUUCUGAUACAUGUAGAAUGUUGUAGAAAUGUUUCACCUACUUUCUCCCUCAUUUGAGAUGUAGGGUGCUGGCUAUCUCCCUCAUUUGAGAUGUCGGGCUCUGGCUAUCUCCCUCAUUUGAGAUGUAGGGCGCUGGCUAUCUCCCUCAUUUGAGAUGUAGGGCGCUGGCUGUCUCCCUCAUUUGAGAUAUAGGGCGCUGGCUAUCUCCCUCAAAUAUUUGAGUUGUAGGGCGCUGGCUAUCUCCCUCAUUUGAGAUGUAGGGCGCUGGCUAUCUCCCUCAUUUGAGAUGUAGGUCACUGGCUAUUUCCCUCAUUUGAGAUGUAGGGCACGGCUAUCUCCCUCAUUUGAGAUGUAGGGCACAGGCUAUCUCCCUCAUUUGAGAUGUCAGGCGCUGGCUAUCUCCCUCAUUUGAGAUGUAGGGCGCUGGCUGUCUCCCUCAUUUGAGAUGUAGGGCGCUGGCUAUCUCCCUCAAAUAUUUGAGUUGUAGGGUGCUGGCUAUCUCCCUCAUUUGAAAUUUAGGACGAUGGCCCUCUCCCUCAUUUGAGAUGUAGGGCGAUGGCUAUCUCCCUCAUUUGAGUUGUAGGGUGCUGGCUAUUUCCAUCAUUUGAGAUUUAGGGCGCUGACUAUCUCCCUCAUUUAAGAUGUAGGGCGCUGGCAAUCUCCCUCAUUUGUGAUGUAGGGCGCUAGCUAUCUCCCUCAUAGGAAGUUCCAGAGGUUGACACUUUCUAAACGAUGGUGUAAUUUUUACACAAUAAAUGAACAAAAAUGUGGUUCACCUAAUAAAUGAAUACCAGUGUGAUUUUCAUGAAUUUGUGAGUGAUUUUUCAAACAAAAAUUGAGUGAAAUAUUUCUUUUAUGAAUGAAUAUGAGCGUGGUUUUUUUCUUCUUAUAAACGAAUGAGUCAAAUUUUCAUACUAUUGAUAUAAAUAUGAUUGGUCUACGCAAGAUAUUGUGUUGCAAGAACGAACAAGCAAGUGUGAAAAUUACUAUUGUAAGAUAUUUUAAAAUGCUGAAAACUUUUCAAAAAA